AUUUUAAUAAUGCCCCAAAUAUUACUUCCGGAAAUAAUAAAGAUGUCUGAAUACGACAACGUUCAAUCUGGUGGAUUGAAAUUAAAAGGAGUUUCAGACCAAAAGAUUAAAAAAAAAAAGAAGAAGGAUAAAAAGAAAAAGUUAGAAGAAGCUUUAAAUCAAGAAGUCAGUAAUAAGAGUGGAGAAAGUAGUCAAACAUAUAAAGUUGAAAGAAAAACGAAAGCCGAGUUGGCCUAUGAAAAGAAAAUGGAAAAGAGAAGAGCUCAAGAGAUUAUAGAAAUUGCAAGUAAAACCCACAAAGAGAGAAUCAUGGAUUUUAACAGACAGUUAGAUAAUUUAACAGAACAUUUUGAUAUUCCUAAAGUCAGUUGGACAAAAUGAUGGGAAUGUUUAUUACAUUCUAUUAUUCUGUAUAAUAUGUAUAUAUAUGCAGUUCAAAGUAAAUCACUGUUUUUGUGUGAAAAAAUUGAAAAGAGCAAACAAACACCUGUAAACUAUGGACUGGCCAAAAAAGUCACUAAUUCUGACAGAUUGUACGAAUAUGUGACCUCAUUUCCAGAAUGCAACUGACAUAUUUUAAUAUAGCCUUGUGCAAUAUACAUGUAUACCCUAUAUUCAAGUUUGAUCAAAAAUAGAAGCUGUUUCUCAUUACCCUUUUUCCUGUCAUAUAGAUUGAACAGUUGGAAAAGAUAUCUAUAUUUUUACAUAUUGUUAUGUAAAACUGACUGCAUGCUCUGCAAUAUUGCAUUUGAUCAUAUAUCAUUGAAAACUCUGUUAUAUAUGCUCCUGCUACUUUAGCAAAUAAUAAUAGCCACAUUGUCUAUAAUUACUGAAUAUCAAAUAUUUUAAUUUUGAAAUUUUUUUAUUUUGAUAAACUCUAUUGAAACCAAUUGGAAAUAACUACAAUAAUAUUAAAGCUAAUGUCAAUGCAUUCCUUACUCUUAAACAAGGGAUCCUACUUACAGUAUUUAUGUUGAACUCUUAUGACAGUGUCAUGAUAUAAAAUGAAGUUUGUUAAUCGUCUAGUGUAUGUAUGGAUGUAUGAAAGGUAAAUAAAAUAUGGUAUUUGAAA